CAGCUGCUCACGUCUGCUGGCCGGCCCCAAGAGGGCGGCCCCCCGAAGAGGACCCUGCACUUCCGCGCGGGAGGCUGGCAGCGAUUGGCCAGGCCUGGCGGCAAGAUGGCGGCCAACGCCACCACCAACCCGUCGCAGCUCCUGCCACUCGAACUUGUGGAUAAAUGUAUAGGCUCUCGCAUUCAUAUCGUGAUGAAGAGUGAUAAAGAAAUUGUUGGAACGCUUCUAGGAUUUGAUGAUUUUGUCAAUAUGGUGUUAGAAGAUGUUACAGAAUUUGAGAUUACACCUGAGGGUAGAAGAAUCACGAAACUAGACCAGAUUUUGCUAAAUGGAAAUAACAUAACAAUGCUGGUUCCUGGAGGAGAAGGACCUGAAGUAUAAAUUUAAUACAGUUGUCAUCUAUGAAGACAUGUUAUGUAUAAUCUAAAUAGAGCUUUUUGGGGGUAUGGGUGAUUUUUUUUUAUUUGCAUCACUUGACAUUUGAUAAAAGACAAAUAUUUCCUCUUCAGGAAAGGUGCGUUGCUAAUGCUGACUUUGUAAGUUGAAAUCAUGACUUUCUUGUAAAAGACGUACUAAUUUGUUCUGAAUAAAAGGCUUUUUUUUUGUUAAGUAUUGUAUUUUGUUAUCAAAGUGCAUGACUUUGAGAAUUAUUUUUCAAAAUUGUGUCAGUUGCUGUCAGCCUUUAGUUUUUCUGUAUCUGUUGCAUUCAUUUGUGGCACAAGCCUAUGUAAAACACAGGUGUCGCGCUUCAUUGGAGUACAGGCCAAAAAAUCUUGUUUCAACCCUGCUUCAGGUUGUGUCUCCAGAAACCAUGUGGCAGAAUGCUGUAGAACUGUGGGAACUAUUGCGAAGUGGAUGUGUCUAUUUGAUACUCAGCAGACUUUGGUUUUGCUGUCUUUGAGGUUCAGCAGUCUUGGCCUUCCUUGGCUUGGUAGAUGUUCUUCCUUAACGGCACUGUAAUGGCCUUUGGCAAAUAAGAACAGACAGGCCAGAUUUAAUGUUCAGGAAAAAAAGACUGCUAAAACUUUUUUAUUCGUGGCAGUGGAGACUUCAUCUUCACCACUAAGUGGUGCUGUGUAUGCUUAAUUAAACUAGGAGCUGCCCAUGCCUGCUUGCGUAGUUCAGAGUAGUCAUUUUAGAGUAAAGUCUUGGUUGAUUCUGUUCACCUGCGAUCUAAACAUUGACAGAUAUUGGGGGUAACUACAACUUCAUGAGAAUUUCUAUAAAGUAAGGCAAUGAUGUAUUUGUUUUACCACUAGGGUGGAGAAUCUGAUUCUAAAUAAUGUUCAGUGCAGCUUAUACUUUCAUAAUACACUAUUCAACUGAUUCCUAUGUUUAAAUCUCUUUGGAGGAGAAUUGCUGGUGCCUGCUGUUGAAAUAGUAGGGUAUAACAUACGUAGAGUAUGAACCUCCCAGAGGCAGGAAGUGCAUUGCUUUCCCAUCACAAGAAGUGUAAAGAAGAGUUGAAGGAAGGGGUUCAGGAGCAGGAGGUGGCAAAAUCCUUUUGCCUUGCUUUAUAUGACAGUAAAACUGCCUUCUGAAAGCUGAAUCUUAGCUUGAAAUACAUUUAACUUUUUGCAUUAGCCUUUUAAGGGGGAAAGAGGCUCUCCCUUCAUCCAGGGAACAUGCUACAUUCAGACCCACUUGCUCUGAACACAUGAUCUGCUGUUGUCACCAGUGAAUCUAGACAUUGUAAUCUAUACCAGUGACUCCCUGGUUUUUCGUUUCUGUUCCCACUUCUUCCUCCAGCCUUUUUAAAAUAUAUAAAUAAAACAUCUUUUAAAAAACAAAC